AAACCUGCUCACCUUGUCUGGUAAAGCUGCAAGCCUGCAGUCGAGAUAGUGGAAGGUUUUUCUGUGUCUCCGCUUCUCUUUGCGCCUCCGUCAAACUGUUUCUCUCGAUAAUUCUUGGAGCUCAGAAAUAGCAGAAAUGACACUGACCGUGUAUUACAGCAGCGUGAGCGGCUCCACCAAGAUGAGAAAAGAGCAAGAUCGCAUUUUCAGUAUCCUGGAUUCCCAGAAAAUUUACUACAUAAAGGUCGAUAUUUCUCAGAGCUCUGAUGAUAAAGACAAAAUGAGGAAGUUGGCUUCGGAUAAAACUGCACUGCCACCACAAAUAUGCAACGGAGACAGCUACUGUGGUGACUAUGCAGCAUUUGACGCGGCUGUUGACAACGAGCAGCUGAAGAGCUUCCUCCAAGCCUAAUAUGAUGACAAGAUCUGUGGGAACCCGAAUCACAUCACAACACCCACUGCAUGAACAACCACAUAAAUGAGAACUGAGUGCAUUCUUACUCAUUUCUGCAUUUCUGUGAAGAAAGAUGUUUUGAUUGCUCAAAUAAAAAAUCCCAAUUUGGGUCUGUGAAGAAUCGGGUUUUUCA